GCGGGUUCGUCCACAGCUCCGGCUGCGCGCAGGGCGGGCUUCUCACGGUCCCCUGUAGUCAUUGGCUCGGUGCGGUUUCCUUGGGGACGUGGCGCCGCUGGCGGCCAGGCCUCCUUCCGGCUGUGCCGGGAGCCACGGGGAACCGCUGGGGACCAGGCUGGGCUGUGCAGAGGGACGAGCGGGCCUCGGGAUCCCGCUUCAGCCUUAGGAGAUGCCGGGGACAAGGAGGCCACCUUCUCAGGGCAAAAGGAAAAGAAGGUGACAGACGUUGAGUCUACUGAAGGGAACCCAUGGCUAGGAUCAGUUUUUCCUACCUCUGCCCAGCCUCCUGGUACUUCACUGUGCCCACAGUGAGCCCAUUUCUCCGUCAGCGGGUGGCAUUCCUGGGACUCUUUUUUAUACCCUGUCUCCUUUUGCUUCUAUUAAUCAUGGACUUAGGACAUCGGGGCGCUUCGUCACCACGAGAUAGGCAGUAUGAGAGGUAUCUGGCUCGGGUAGGAGACCUUGAAGCCACCAACACCGAAGACCCAACUCUGAAUUAUGGACUUGUGGUGGACUGUGGUAGCAGUGGCUCCCGGAUUUUUGUUUACUUCUGGCCAAGACACAAUGGGAACCCACAUGACUUACUGGACAUCAAACAGAUGAGAGACCGAAACAGCCAGCCUGUGGUUAAAAAAAUCAAGCCAGGAAUCUCCGCAAUGGCAGACACUCCAGAACAUGCCAGCGAUUACCUGCGACCUCUGCUGAGCUUUGCCGCUGCUCAUGUGCCCGUGAAGAAGCACAAGGAGACCCCCCUUUACAUCCUCUGCACAGCGGGCAUGAGGUUGCUCCCUGAGAGGCAGCAGUUGGCUAUCUUGGCUGAUUUAGUGAAAGAUUUGCCGCUGGAGUUUGACUUCCUCUUUUCACAGUCUCAGGCCGAAGUGAUCUCUGGGAAGCAGGAAGGAGUUUAUGCAUGGAUUGGAAUCAACUUUGUUCUGGGACGAUUUGACCAUGAAGAUGAGUCAGAGGCUGACACUUCCCUGGACUCGGCAGCGGGACGCCGGAGGACGGUGGGGAUACUGGACAUGGGAGGAGCUUCUCUCCAAAUUGCCUAUGAAGUCCCCACCUCAGCCUCUGACCUUCCUCCCAAACAGGAAGAAGCAGCCAAGAUCCUGUUGGCGGAGUUCAACCUGGGCUGUGACGUGCAGCACACGGAGCAUGUGUACAGGGUUUACGUCACCACCUUUCUGGGCUUUGGAGGCAACUUUGCCAGGCAGCGCUAUGAAGAGCUUGUGCUGAAUGAAACACUCAACAAAAACAGAUUGCUGGGCCAGAAGACGGGCCUGAGUCCUGACAGUCCAUUUCUGGACCCCUGUCUGCCUGUGGGACUCACAGAUGUGGUGGAGAGGAACAGCCAGGUCCUGCAUGUCCGGGGAAACGGGGACUGGGCCACUUGUAGGGCAAUGCUGAGCCCCCUGCUGGCCCGCUCCAACACCAGCCAGGCCUCACUGAAUGGCAUUUACCAGUCUCCAAUUGACUUCAACAACAGCGAGUUCUAUGGCUUCUCUGAGUUUUUUUACUGUACAGAGGAUGUGUUGCGCAUCGGUGGCCGCUACCACGGGCCAACAUUUGCCAAGGCUGCUCAGGAUUACUGUGGCAUGGCGUGGUCAGUACUAACGCAGAGAUUCAAAAAUGGCCUCUUUUCUUCACAUGCAGACGAGCAUCGACUCAAGUAUCAGUGUUUUAAGUCAGCUUGGAUGUACCAAGUUCUGCACGAGGGGUUCCACUUCCCCUAUGACUACCCAAACCUGCAGACAGCGCAGCUGGUGUAUGACCGAGAGGUGCAGUGGACGCUGGGAGCAAUUCUGUAUAAAACCCGAUUCCUGCCACUCAGGGACCUUCGGCAGGGAGGUGUCCGGCAAGCCCACGGCGGCUGGUUCCGCCUCUCCUUCGUCUACAACCACUAUCUCUUCUUCGCUUGUACCCUGGUGGUGCUGCUGGCCAUCGUCCUGUACCUCCUGCGAAUCCACAGAAUUCACCGCCGACAAACUCGAGCCUCGGCUCCCCUGGACCUGCUGUGGAUCGAGCAGGUGGUGCCGAUGAUUGGGGUGCAGGUGGGGCCCUGAGGCCGGACCAGAGCUGGAGGAACCCCAGGACUUUAGCUGUGCUGCUCACGGAAUGCCUCCACUUUCCCAAACUGGCCCCGGAUGCUGCUUUGGCCUGGGAAUUUCUCCUUUUUCACUUUCAUUCCUUCUUAGUGCCCAGGACAGGACCUUUUCUCAGAAGCCGUAACCUAAUCUGUGAGGAACUAAGCGGCGAGAGGCUGGUGCUAACAUAGGGACUAAGCUUAGCCCACAGGAAGCAUGCUUCUCCUUUAUCUCGGAAAUCUGGUAUGUUUCUGGGAUGUAGCAUUUUCCCCUCUUGCUGAAGCAAGUUUUUGAUUGGGCAACUGGAAUCGUGGUUGAAACCAACUGAUACAAAGCCAGAGACAUUGUGCAGCUGCCCCUGCUUUCUCUGUAACAGAGAUAUCCUUAUGUGGAGAUCCACAGCCUUGAAUAGGGACCCAAGAUCUCUGAGGUUCAGUGGACCAGGAUCUCAAGGCAACCAAAACGAUACAAGCUCCUUGCUUCCUUGACAUCCCUGACAGGGUUGCUGUUGUUAUCUAGAUCGGAGAGGUUAAAACCCCUUUCCAAUGAAUGCUCCGCUGAAGAUCUGACAGUAUUUUAUCUGAUAUUUGGUCUGACCAGUAUAGAAGACAUUUCCAUGUCUAUGUGCCUCAUGGGCUGUUGGGCAUCAGUGCUGCCUUUUGAGCCUUAAGCGUGCUUAUAGAAUGGAGCAGCUGUGAUGGGAACUGGGGACCUGGUUUGCCUGUUUUCAGGUGACUAUCUCACAGGCGUAUUUUUCUGUACAGAAGAUUCAAAGCAACUUUCCUCAUUUCAGUGCUAAGAUCUUAUAUAUUUUGGGAUGGGAUGUAUUUGGGGUUUUUUGUUUAAGGAAGAAUAGGAUCAAGAGAGUGGGCAAAGGCAAUAAAAUCAAAGUUUUUUUUUUUUUUUUUUUUUUUCUUCUUCUUUUGGUUUUUCAGACAGGGUUUCUCUGUGUAGCCUUGGCUGUUCUGGAAUUCACUCUGUAGGCCAGGCUGGCUUGAACUCAAACUCACAGAGAUCUGCCUGCCUCUGCCUCCUGAGUGCUGGGAUUAAAGGUGUGUGCCACUAUGCUUGGCUUAAAAUCAAAGUUCUUACCUAUUUUUGGAAUGUUUGAAAGAGAGCAAAUUCUAAACUUUGGAAUAACUAGAUAAAUUUCCCAUGGAGCAGCCUGGCCACUUUUUGGACGUCUGUCACAAAUAGCACUUCCUUUACUGGGGAGAGGAAAGCCAUAUCCAUGUUCUCACCCACGGCCUCUCACCCUGGCUCCUGUGCAGCCUCUGCAGUUACAUGAGGAGUCAUUAGCUCCUCCCUGCCCCCAUGGACUCUGUGUUCCAUAGAAAACCAUGAGGGGCCUGCCUGGGAUUGUUCCCAGGGCGGAAGUAGUAGCUUGAUUUCUUCUUUUUGGGAGUAAGGCAAGUCUCUUGAGCCUGAUUUUUUAGGUAGCCAAGGCUAGCCUUGAACUCCUCCUGAUCCUGCCUCCAUCUCCUCCAAGUGCUGGGUUUAAAGGUGUGCACCCCAAGACCUGGCUCAUUUCCUUUCCUUUUGCCAAAUCCUUUUAUUUGUAGGGUUAGAAUAGAGAAUAAAAAAGUCUAAAUUUAAGGAAUAAAAAUUGAUUUCUUUGAAAAUGUGUUCCAUAUUGGGAACAGAAAGGAAUUAAAUACUUUGUGAUAUAGAGAAAAAAACUAAGACGGUCCUAGGGAAGCCGAGGUGAAGACGAGUGUAUUGACUUCGGUUAGGCAAGUUCUGAAUUGUUUUCCUUUUCCUUUUUUCUGAGCAGGGUCUCAUCAUGUGACCCAGGCUGGCUGGUACUCAGUGAGCCUCCUGCCUUAGCCUCCUGAGAGCUGGGAUUACAGGUGUGCACCACAGUGUGUGCACAUUAGAUAAGGAGACAUCUAGCAGAGGAUCCGUCACUUUCACAUCUUUUACUUUUCAUCGGGACUGUCGUUGACAUUUUAAAUUUUAAGCAUCUCUUGAAUUCUGAUUUUGACGUCCCAUGAGUGAGCCUUUGCCUUUUUAAUGCUGCUUUAAGAUGACAAAGAUGUCCUUGCUAGCCAUUUGCCUCCUCAGGGAACUUUUAAUUUCAUCUUGGUUUCUAUACCAGUUUUGGUGUUCUUGGGAGAUCUAGUUCCCAGCGAGCCGGGUUUGUGUGACUUCAUUGCUCAAACUGAGGUUGGAGGAGGGCGGAGGAAACAGUCCAGUUUGGAGACUCUCCUCACUGAACUUACUCUUUACCCUCAUGGUACCAGUAGCGGCCCUUUGCCAAGCACUUACUUUGUAUCGCUCUUUAAAACUUUAUGUGUUCUUUGUGUAUUAUUUAAUCAUUAUGACAGCCUUUUGGUUUGAUAGCCCUACAUCCUUUUUAUAGUUGAAAAAAAAAUCUCAGGAUGCCUAUCUUUAUCAUUUUUCAAUAUAAAUAUAUUUCUUAAUUUA